GCGUCUGGCCUCGUUAAGUUUGAGUGGCCGAGGUUACUGCGCGAUCCACUCUGAGACAAGGAAGUUGGAGAAGUGGAAUAAAUAGGCAUCCCAAGAGAUCAGGGCCUCACGGACUCACGACUCUUCUUAUGUUUUCCCCAAUGGCACGUGUCUUUCCGAACGCCAGGGGUUGGGAAUGAAGGAAGUUCUUUCCUGCCCUCACUCUUCCAGACCCAGCCACUUUGGGAGUCGCUCCACAAUCCACAAGUCCCAGAUUGCGGAUUAUCUUCCAUGGCAGCAGUCCAAGCAGAAAAUCAAGCCAUCUACUCUGCCUCCAGUCCUACAAACCAGUGGCCAUAAGAAAAACAAAAUGAAAACUUUGAUUAGCGUCCUGCCAGGGUAUUCCAAGCCCACCAUGUUGAUGACAAGCCAGCUGAGGAAUCCACGAGAGCUGCGCAGAAGGAAUUUGGACUCUGGGAAGACACAGGCCAGAGUCCGGCUAAUGAGGACGAUGCUCAGGAACCGGCAGACCUCACUCCAGGAGCUCCGCAACCAGGAGGAUUUUCUCACAAAGCUCAAUCAGGAGCUGAUCAAGACCAUCCAGGACAUGGAGGACAGCGCGGCCCAGAACGUGCGCGAGAUGCUGCAGCAGCAGAACAUCCUUAGGAACAUGGUCAACAUUUUGGAGUACUCAAACAGGAAGGAGAUGCAGCAGACGAAGUGUGAGCUGCAGGAACUGGAGGAGAAGCAGCAAUCCAAGAUAAGCUACCUGGAGCAGCAGUUGGAGCAGCUGAAUGCCAAGAUCAAGAAGACCCAUGAGGAAGUGAGCUUCCUGAGCACUUACAUGGACCAUGAAUAUCCUGUCAGAUUGGUCCAGAUUGCCAAUCUCGUGCGUCAGCUGCAGCAGGUGAAGGACAGCCAGCAGGAUGAAUUGGAUGACCUCCGUGAGAUGCACAAAGUGGUCCUGGAGUGUUUGUCUAAUCAGAUUCAGAUGAAGAAAGAAAAGUUUCUGAGUGCUCUGAUAGAGAAAACCCUGCAACCCCAUCAGGAGGCUCUUCUGCAGAAGACCCAGGAAAGCCAGGACAUGAUUAAAUACAGGGACAAGUUGAAAGAAUUUAUCAACCAGUUUGAGGAGGAAAUAUCCAUGUUAAGGGCCGAGAUUAAAAAGCUCCAAAUGCAGAUCCGGGAACCCCGAGAGAUUGUGUUUGCGGACGUUCUGCUUCGGAGACCCAAGUGCACCCCAGACAUGGACGUCAUCCUCAACAUUCCUGUGGAAGAGGUGCUACCCUUCUAGAUGACAGGGCUAUGGCCGUCCUUUCCUCCCUGCCCUCUUCUCCAUACCUGGAGCCUUGAGUCAUCUCCUUUCAAGACCACAUCCCCAGUCAGACCCUGGUCUGCAGUUCCUUCCCUCCUUCCCUCCCUUCGUCCCAGGUGGUGGUGUGGCUUGGGCCAGGUGGGAAUUUCCAGUCAAGUCCACCAUUUCUUUUUACCAAUAAAGCUGGAUUUGCAUUUGCUCUUUGCCGGUGCCUGGGCGUUCCCAGCAAGGCCUUGUAGUUGGGGUAGGUGAACCCCUGGACUUUGUCUUCAUGCAGGGGCAGCUGUGCUGACUGCCUCUGGGGCUCAGAUCUUCUCGAGAAAUGCCAGAGUAACCCCCUGCCUGAGUCUCCCUGACUCUGUGGCUCUGGACUACCCCCUCCCUGGAGCAGUGGUUCUGGUUCCCGGGGGUGCUGCAGGCAGGUGGCUUCCAGCCGUCAGACCCUUCAGGGCUUGCGUGGCUGUAGAGCCACCAUUUUAUGUUCCCACACGCAAUGCACAAGGGGUCCAAUUUUUCCAUAUUCUCACACUUGUUAUUUUUUUUGAUAAUAGCAGUCCUAAUACGUGUGAAGUAGUAUCACGGAGGGUUUCCAGUUGUAUUUCCCUAAUGGCUAAUGAUAUUGAGCGUCUUUUCAUGGGCUUAUUUCAAAGCCUUUUGUGUGAUUGAGUACUCUGAACUCCUGAUCUUUCUGAGUUACUUACCAGCAAAUGUUUGUACAGCCACACUCUUCCCAUUUUCUCUAGAGCAUGUUUUCCUUCAUUAGCAUCCUUGACCCGGUGGUAGCUUGAGUAUUUUCCAAAACCAUCAAGUCCUGGUUGCUUUUGGGUUCCCAGUUCUUCCCUCAGUUCAUCUCUCUUCUCACAUUUUACUAUACGCCGCAGGAAGAAACCAGGCUUCGCCUUCAACACUUUUCUUGGAAAUCCGCUCAGCUGAAGACUCAAGUUCAUCGCUUGUGAGCUCUACUUUCCACCUAGCAGGACACAGUCCCCUAAGCCACGAGGUCACAGGGGCCCCUUUCCCCCAGUUUCACGAGCACGGUUCUCAUUUCCUUCUGACUCCUCACCGGCAGCUCUGUUGUU